AUGAAAAACGUGUAUUCUGAGCAUUUCAAGCCUUUUCAAGACAAGCUGUCUUUGGUCCUUGAGCAUUCUCGGUCACAUUUCAGGGCCCUAGCGGGGCGAGAGAGCUUUGCUGGGUUCUUGAACGUUCCCCUCAUAAGCGACGCCCUAGGGAAGACAAUAGAAGUGAUGUUUGAAGCAUCGAAGCCUUGUGUGCUCCAGCUCCACAACGACGAAGCCAGUCCCAAUAUCAAUUGGCUGGACGUUGUCAAGGAAAGAAAUUAUGAGGCUGAAUACAAAGGGAAUGGAACUUACCAUUUCCAUAUGCGGGACCGGGGCGUGAUUGUCCAGUUGUCUGCUUUCCAACAUAAUAUGGUGCUUUCAGGAUUACCCCGGAAGCUGAUUCAACCAUGGUCCUACGAAAAGGACGUACAGACAGAAUUAAACACCUUGGCGCUGACAGCCGAAAUGACAUCACAGAUGAAUCAACUUGCAUCAGAAAUCAUCAAAGCCAAUAACACUGUGCUUGAAGAGGUACUAAGGAGAGAUCGAAUCCUCCGCCGCAAUCCGCAGCCAAGUCGAAGAUCGGCGGGCUCGCCCUUUCCUCUGGAAUCAGCCGAAGAGCCAGCAAACUUUAUGCAAGUGCAGAUUGACGUUGAUCCGCCGGAUGGAAUGGCUAUCGAGACUCAAAGGACAGACGCGCAAGCCAGUGCUUCAAAACGUGGUGCUGGAACACGGAACUUUCUCAAAAACAAGGCUUGGCCUGCAGAAGUAUUGAAGCAACUUCCUCUAUGGUUUGAAGACCAAGUACGGAAGAAUCAGUCGCAGGAAGAGAUUGCACAAAAUUUUCACGGAACAUUCACACAAAAAAGGACUUUUCAUGCUAUUGAGGCAAAAGUGUAUUUCUUAACAGGAAAAAGUCCUUUUAGGAAGCGCAAUAAAAAGACUUCGCGCAAAAGACCUGUGUCUUUGACACCUCGCUCCUCUCCACCGCCGUCUCAAUCCUCUGGAUCAGUGGAUUCCACCCAACAAUUGAUCUCGAGAUCGAGCAUUGAGGUUCACGCUUUACGUCUAGCCCGGAAUCUGCUUCCUUAUCUGAGUUCUGAAAACUGCGAGGAUGGAAACCUUUACGCCCUUCAUGGUGUUCAACCGGUUGACCCAGAAUCAGAAACCAGCGAUCUACAUGCAGCACCUGAACAGGAUACUGUGAAUCAAAUGUCAAGGUGCCAGCGCGCACCUCAGGAGCGUGAAUCUCAAGCAGGUACAAGUCAAAAUGAGUCGCCAGUUCGAGGAAGCCACCAGGCGGAAGAAUCGCCUAAAGCCCAUCCAGGUUUCUCAGAUAUGGUGGGCGAAAGACAGCCAAGGAAUGGUAAUCCAAUCAAUGUCUUCGCCGCAACAUCAGAGAUGGGUGAUACUUGCUUGCCACGAAGCUCUCCCUUAGAACCCCCUCGGAUAUCAGAACCUAUCCAAUCUCCAAUCCGACAUCCCUCUGAAGACGAUGCCACACUCGAAGUGCUAGGCCAAACGCUUUCCUGUUGUGCUGAGUCCAGUACAAUGCACAUGGAGGAGGCAGACACGGCACAUGGCAACCAAUCAUCAGAGAGGCUUUCUCCGCAAUCUUCAUCACGCAAAAAUACAUUGACUAGAGGUUCAGAAAAUGAGGGUUCCAAUGAUGAAAGCCACACAGAAAGCGGACUCGGUGCGUUGACUGUUCUCAGGGAAUCAAUGCCCUUCCAAGUCCCUCAACCAAGCUCCGCGGGUGACUCGACUGAGCAUCACCCUCAAAACUGCGGAAUAGAUGGGCCAACCACCGACAAAACUGAAAGAGCUUUGGUUGACGAAGAAUUGAUUAUAAGAUGUCUCCAUGAGAAGUCUAAAGCGGCGCGUUCUCAUCGCAAUUGGAACGAUAAGGACCUGGACCGUUUACCAGAGUGGCACAUGAAAAUGAAACGGCAAAACCUAUCAAAGGAGAGACUUGAAGUUGCGUUUCUGAGAGACUUUGACCACUAUCGAACGUCUUCUGCUAUCGAUACAGCUUGUCGCAAAAAGAGAAAGGCAGAUUCUCGCCGUAAGGAUGUAACCUCAGCCCCCAUCCCAGGUCCACUUCCUCCGGUUGUUCCUGUCGUUCUCGAUACUACGCGGGUAUCACAAUCACUCAAUGCCAUCAUUGGGCCCGACAUUCCCAGCUUGCAUCCAUCUCAUACCAUAGCAGAACCAAGCAAUGAGAAUGCCGUACUCACGUAUCCACCGUCGGAGCGACCUCGAUCGCCACAACUCAAUCGGUCGCAGGUCCUAGACAACGCAGACAGAUUUUCUCGCAACAUGCCUCCACCAUUGCAUGAGGGCGAAGAAGCAGUAGGUCAAAGUUCGCCGGCUGCUGUUGCCCUUGAAUCCGCUUCCGAACAGAUGGUGUGUUCCACACCUGAGAACGCCGAAGAUACCUCCACGUUGGGCAAUCGGCGCCACCGAGUUGUAAAAACGCCAAAACCUCCAUCCAGAUUCACAGCAAUCAAUGGCGGUACCGUUCAUCCAACUGAUCCAAAUGUAAUUGCCCAGCUGGAGACCAACGAGCGAGACACUCCGCCUGAUGGGCAAGGAAGCCAGCGAGCAUCCAAGUGCGUCGGGCAGAGAAGAGAUGGCCAAAAUGAGCCACAGAAAGACGGGCCCCAGACAUUUGCAGGUGGAAGAGGACGCCCCAAUCAGCUUACCCCUGAGCAUGAACUGGCAAGUUCAAAUAAUUCGGGGCUGUCCAGCCGAACAUUGGAAGGAGCUGGGUACCAGCGGUCACUCCCAAUUGGUACUUCAGACGCCAAUAUUGCACAACUGGGAACGCGCACAGAUCUGCAGAACACAUCGCAGUCUCAAGAACGAGACGUCGAUAUCCCAACCCCAAACGACCCCCACCCCACUUGCCAGCCCAACUCCCGAAUUGCAAACUCCCAAUUUUGCAGGCCCAAUUCCCGGUCCGGGGCUUCUCAAACUAGCGGUGUGCCAGGAAGCACUCACACAGGCGGUUUGUUCACACCCUAUACUAGUGGUCCCACGUAUUCUGACAUGAGGUCGGAAGCAGUUGUUCCAAUAUCUGUCUCAGCAUCCUACCUGAGCAGCCCAACCGGUCUUCCUCACUAUCCCCUUCACGAGUUGCAGGGACGCGGUGCUGAGCGGUACCAGGGCCCUCCGCUCCCAUCCUUGGCGCAGCAAAUGUAUCGUGCGGGUGAGCCUCCUCAUUGA